GGCGGAGGGGGACGGUUCUGGCAGUCGUCGUAGUGAUGCGCAGGCUCUCUAUGUAGGUCUGGCCGAUUUUCAGUCAAAAACAACAGUCUCCGUCUCGGUGGGCUCAGACCGGGGGAAAGCGAAUACACGGGAGCGUGGCGCCAGACGGACAGAAGGAAAGGAAAAGAAAGGAAGAAUAAAUAAGGAGCAGGGUCGCGGUCCUCCACCUCUACCUCUCUCCCUCUCCAUCCCUGCGAAGGGGAUGCCUGCUGUUAGCGCAGUUUCCGCCACGCUGGGCUCCUCGGAUGAAGGAGGCGUAGAAGACUACUGAGCCACGCAGAAGAGGCUCCGUCGCCGCAGCAGAGAAAGGCAACGCGCAUCCGUCCUCCUCAGACUAAAAGAAGAAGAAGGGCAGGAUGGAGGCCCCGCUGGUGUGCCUGGAUGAGGAGUUUGACGACCUGCGGCCGUGUAGGGUGGGGGAGCAGGAGCAGGAGCAGGAGCCCCUGCGUCCCUACGGCAAUGCCCCACUCACCAGGGAGGACUUCUCAGAGCUGGAGAACUUCUCAGAGAUGAUGAGCUUCAAGUCCAUGGAGGACCUGGUCAACGAGUUUGACGAGAAGCUCAACGUGUGUUUCCACAACUACGACACCAAGACAGAGGGGCUGGCCCCAGUGCGCAACCAGUCCCACACAGAGGAGGAUGAGGAGCGGCUGCAGGAUGAAGAUGUGUGGGAUGCGCUGACUGACAACUACCUGCCCUCCUCUGGGUCCAGCUGGGACACCCCAAACUCGGAGGUGCUGAACGGGAAUCUGUCAGAUCAGGAGAUCCACGAGAGGGAAGAGGAGGAAAUGAACGAGAGGAACGAGAACGCAAACUGCCUGGGCGAGGAGCCGCUCAUCACGGCUGAUCAGGUGACCGCGACUGCAACCGCUGUGGGGUGGCCACAGAGCUGUGUCACUGCGGUCGAGGUGAUCGAGGAGAUUGUGGAGAUGAUGGAGAAUUCUCCGGACCCGGGGGAGACGGAGGAGGAAGAGGAAGUAGAAGUGGACAGCGGGCACUCCUCGCCCCAGUCCAACCCUUCCCUGCUGGAGGAGAUCAGAGCCCUAUCCCUGGCUUCAAACAACAACUGCUCCUACGAAGGCCUGAGUCUGAUGCCCAGCACCACGCUGGCGGAGCUGCUGAGUCGGGUGGAGGCCGCUAUCCGGCAGUACUCAGAGGAGCUGGUGACGCAGCUGGCCCGGCGCGAGGAGCUGGAGUUCGAGAAGGAGGUGAAGAACACCUUCAUCACGGCCCUGAUGGAGGUGCAGAACAGGCAGAAGGAGCAGAGGGAGAUCAGCAAGCGUCGGCGCCGGGACAAGGGCCUGAGCCUGCAGGGGGCCGUUCGCCCCGAGAAGCCCGGGACCAUGCCCGUGAAGCGCUUCAGCAUGGAGGGUAUUUCCAACAUUCUGCAGACUGGGAUCAGACAGACAUUUGGGAACUCAGGGACAGACAAACAGUAUCUGAACACAGUGAUUCCAUUUGAAAAGAAAGGGACCCCUCCCACGGUGGAGGACCUCCAGAUGCUGACAAAAAUUCUUUAUGCAAUGAAAGAAAACAGUGAGAAGGUGCCAACAUUGCUAACUGACUACAUUCUAAAAGUGCUCUGCCCUACCUAAGGGUGCGAAGGGGCUGUUGAGUGAGGUUGAUGUCAGACCGGGCGUGGCCAUUCCUGGGUGGCUCAGAGUGCCUCCCCUCCACCCUGAGUCAAAGCUGCAUGAGUUCCUAUCCAUUGUUAACGAUGGACCAGUACAUCUACCCAUUGUACCUGACUCAUUCUGACAGCCAAUAAAAGUCUGCCUUUGCUGA